GUGGGCAAGAAAAGUAUUUCCCUUUUUUUUCCACUCUGGACUCUAUUGAAAAAAAAUAUGCUGGUGGCAAACGUGUAAGAAACUGAUUUGGAUGUGUCUGCAACAUAUACCUUUGCCAUUUUUCCUCCAGGGAAGAAGACGAGGAAAGAUCAACAACACAGAGAGAACAAACAGCUUCUUCUUCCCCCAUGCUGUCGUAGAAAGAACCUCUGGUUCUUUAGCUAGUCAGAGCCCAAAUCGAGCGCCUCUGCAGAAGGGAGUUUCAUGAGAGAAUCAUGCAGCCACUGAAUUUGCCAUGCAGCAGCAGUAGCAUCUCAAAAUUACUCGUGCCUUUCUUUGGCCUCAUCUUCGUCCUCCUGCUCUCCUCGGCCUCUCACGUCAGCUCCUGCACGGAGCAAGAAAGGAGCUCCCUCAUUGACUUCCGAGAUGGGCUCUCGCCGGAGGGCAAUGGUGGCCUCAACGUGUCAUGGAUCAACAACACAGACUGCUGCCAAUGGGAAGGAAUCUUUUGCAGCACUGAUGGUGUGGUCACGGAUGUCUUGCUUGGUUCUAAAGGCCUCAAAGGCAGCAUCCCACCAUCCCUCAGCAAUCUCACCGGGCUGCUGCGCCUCAAUUUGUCCCGCAAUUCACUCGAAGGAAGUCUACCAGCAGAAUUGCUGUUCUCCAACAGUAUCAUUGUCCUGGAUGUCAGCUUCAACUACCUAUCUGGUCCUCUGCAAGAGCGGUGGCAAUCCUCAAAUCCUGGUCUUCCUCUCCAGGUAUUGAAUAUCUCAAGCAACUUAUUUAAAGGGCAGUUCCCAUCCACAACACUGGAAGUGAUGAAAAAUCUGGUUGCUCUUAAUGCAAGCAACAACAGUUUUACUGGAUCAAUGCCAUCUUCUAUUUGCAACUACGCCCCAUCAAUUGCCAUGCUUGACCUUUGUUUAAAUAAAUUCAGUGGCACUAUUUCCCCAGAGUUUGCCAAUUGCUCCAUGUUAAAAGUACUCAAGGCUGGCCACAACAACCUUACAGGGGCUCUACCUCAUGAACUUUUUAAUGCUACCUCAUUGGAGCAGCUCUCUUUUCCAAACAAUGACUUACAAGGGAUUCUUGAUGCUUCCAACCUAGUCAGGCUCAACAAUCUGAUCAUCCUUGAUGUUGGAUCAAAUGGGCUCCGUGGUAAUAUACCAGAUUCUAUCGGGCAGCUGAGUAGAUUGGAAGAGCUCCACUUAGACAACAACCUGAUGUCUGGAGAGCUACCAUCGGCACUAGGUAACUGCACAGGUCUCAGGUACAUCACCAUCAGAAAUAACAGUUUUAAGGGAGAUCUUAGCAGAGUUAACUUUUCCCGGUUGGAUCUGAGAACUGCAGAUUUUUCAAUGAACAACUUCACUGAUGCACUUCAGAAGCUCAAGAGCUGCAGUACCCUCACCUCCCUACUUAUUGGAACCAACUUCAACGGUGAAACCAUACCGCAAGAUGAAGCAAUUGAUGGUUUUGGGAAUCUUCAGGUCUUGACUAUAGAUGCUUGCCCAUUGGUCGGAAAAAUCCCUCUUUGGCUAUCAAAGCUCACAAAGCUGGAGAUGUUAGAUUUAUCAAACAAUCAACUGACUGGACUGAUACCAUCCUGGAUUAAUAAUCUGCAACUCCUCUUCUAUCUAGACAUAUCAAACAACAGCCUUACAGGGGAUAUCCCAAUUGCAUUGAUGAAUAUGCCAAUGAUACAAUAUCAGAAGAACGCUGUCCGGUUGGACCCCAAGUUCCUAGAAUUACCAGUAUAUUGGACACCAACACGUCAAUACCGGAUGCUCAAUGCUUUUCCCAUUUUAUUGAAUAUAGGCCACAAUAGAUUCACAGGUUCCAUUCCUCCAGAGAUUGGUCAGUUGAAAAUGCUCGAUGUCCUAAACUUCAGCUCCAACAACUUAUCUGGAGAAAUACCAUGGCAAAUCAGCAACCUCACAAGUCUGCAAGUGCUAGACCUGUCAAACAACCAGCUCACAGGUGAAAUCCCACAAACAUUGAGUGAUCUGCACUUCCUUUCUAUAUUCAAUGUGUCUAACAAUGAACUAGAAGGGCCUGUUCCAACUGGAUGGCAGUUUGAUACAUUUGCAAAUUCUAGCUACAGUGGGAACUCCAAGCUAUGUGGCCAUGUGCUCAGCAUCCCAUGUGACUCAACAAGAACACAUACAGCCCCCAUGAAAAGGCGGAACAAAAAGACCAUUUUUGCACUUGGUUUAGGUGUGUUCUUCGGCGGGCUUGCUAUACUUUUGUUGCUGGCACGUCUUCUUAUAUCCAUAAGAACCACAAAAUCUGCCAACAGAAACAAGAGCAGUAAUAACAGGGACAUAGAAGCAACUUCAUUCAACUCUGUUUCAGAGCACUUGUGUGAUAUGAUAAAGGGAAGCGUUUUGGUGAUGGUACCUCGAGGAAAGGGAGAAUCAAAUAAUCUCACAUUCAGUGAUAUCUUAAAGGCCACAAAUAAUUUUGAUCAGCAGAACAUUAUCGGCUGUGGAGGUAAUGGUCUAGUGUAUAGGGCUGAGCUACCCUGUGGAUCCAAGCUUGCAAUCAAGAAACUCAAUGGUGAAAUGUGUCUCAUGGAAAGAGAAUUCACAGCAGAGGUUGAAGCACUCUCCAUGGCACAACAUGAGAACCUUGUGCCACUAUGGGGUUAUUGCAUCCAGGGAAGCUCGAGGCUCCUCAUAUAUUCUUUCAUGGAGAAUGGGAGUCUUGAUGAUUGGCUUCACAACAAGGAUGACGCCAACUCAUUUCUCGAUUGGCCAACAAGGCUCAAGAUUGCACAAGGAGCAGGCCGCGGCCUUUCAUAUAUCCACAACACCUGCAAGCCUCACAUUGUUCACCGUGAUGUCAAGUCCAGCAACAUCUUACUUGAUAGAGAAUUCAAUGCUUAUGUUGCUGAUUUUGGCCUCGCCAGAUUGAUUCUUCCUUAUAACACACAUGUCACGACAGAGCUGGUAGGCACACUGGGUUACAUUCCUCCUGAGUAUGGGCAGGCAUGGGUAGCCACACUGAGAGGUGAUAUAUACAGUUUUGGAGUGGUCUUGCUUGAGCUGCUCACUGGGAAGAGGCCUGUCCAGGUCUUGAUCAAGUCGAAGGAACUUGUCCAAUGGGUAAGGGAGAUGCGGUGUCAGGGAAAGGAUAUUGAGGUCUUGGAUCCUGCACUUAGAGGAAGAGGACAUGAUGAGCAAAUGCUGAAUGUGCUUGAAGUCGCUUGCAAGUGUAUCAACCACAAUCCUUGCCUGAGGCCAACCAUCCAAGAGGUUGUGUCCUGCCUGGACAGAGUAAAUGUGGACAUCCAGGUGCAGACGUAGUUAAAGGACAACAGACUCUAGGUGGUAAUCUUGUACUUCACAUUAGUUGUAACUUCUGUAGAAGAAUGAUUUUCUAACAAAUCGUACUUGUACAGUAGUGUGUGCAGUGUGUACAUCUCUGAAAAGAAAGGGCUCACAGAUAUGAGGCCCUUUAUACAAUUUUACUUAUUUUUUUUAGAAAAUCCUGUACUUCCAAGCUCAAUCGCAUGAACAUGGAAAAUGCAUGGAAAGAAUACUCAGAUCUAGUUUAAUUCAUCUGCAUUUGGUUUUCUAACAAUUUGUACAGUUGUGUAUGUACUUCUGUGAAAUAAAAGGCUCACAGUUAUGAGAUUUUGUAUUCA